AUGAUUGUAUGUGGACAUCCAACUGUUGCACGUUCACUUCGAUUCAGCAAAUGGAAGGCCUUCAUAAGAGGACGUAAAUCACGCUAUCAUCUUACGAGACUUACCAAUCAGCAACUCACUUUUGAAAAUAUUAUACAGGAAUUCACACAGCAAUCUACAGCUCCAAAAAAUAUUAGUGAAGUUAAACAUAGCCGGCAAUCGAUAACUUCCGUUAGGAAGAGCUCGGAAAGAAACACAAGAUCAGAGAUUAUCGAAUUUCUCGUAAAAUAUGGAUUACCAUAUAGUCUAACUCCAUACCUGGGAGAUAUUCGAACAAAAUGUUUACACUGCAAGUCGCUAGACACGGCUUGCAUUUCGUUUCGUGACACCAGCAUAAUGUGUACAACAUGUGGCUAUUCAACUACAUUUGAUGUUUUUAAGCAAGAGCUAAAUUUAUCAUGGACUGAUGCUUUUGUAUCAAAUAGAAACAUUUGA